AUGGUGGAUCGAUGUAACAGGGUUUUGGUUUGUGCUGUGCUGUUUUUCUUGCUAAUUGGUUGUACAGUAGAGCAGCAAUUCUUGGUGUCAAGGCAAGAAAGAUUAGCUCUGCUUCAACUGAGAUCUUCAUUAGGGUUGAGGGCGAAAGAGUGGCCCAUAAAAUCCGACCCGUGUAUUUCCUGGGUGGGUAUCCAAUGCACGAAUGGGCGGGUUACAAGGAUCAACAUUUCCGGGUUCAAGAGGACUCGGAAGGGUAGUCAAAACCCUCAGUUCUCGGUGGAUUCCCUUCAGAGUUUGACCUUUUUAUCCUCAUUCAAUGCUUCGAAUUUGGCGCUUCCGGGUUCUAUUCCCGAGUGGUUUGGUCUGCGACUUGGCUCACUCCAAGUGCUUGAUCUUAGGUCUUGUUCGACUGCUGGUGCUAUUCCAUUCACUCUUGGCAAUUUGAGUAGCUUAGCUGAACUUUAUUUAUCUGAUAAUAAUCUUACUGGUAUAGUUCCUACAAGUUUAGGUCAGUUGUCGCACCUUUCUAUACUUGAUCUUUCACGGAAUUCCCUCACAGGAUUGAUUCCAGGGACUUUUUCAGCUCUCAGGAACCUCACUUUGCUUGACAUGUCUUUGAAUUUCUUGUCCGGGGCAAUUCCUCCAGAAAUUGGGACUUUGUCUAGGCUGCAGUUCUUGAAUCUUUCAGGCAACAGUUUGUCCUCUUUGAUACCUGCCCAACUCGGUGACCUUUCCAGUCUGGUUGACCUGGAUCUUGGUUUUAAUUCACUAUUGGGAUCGGUUCACCUUGAUUUAAGAGGGUUGAAAAACUUGCAGAAAUUGAUAAUUGGGAAUAAUUUCCUAUCUGGAACAUUGCCUGAUGAUUUGUUUUCUCCUUUGAUUCAGUUGCAGCGUGUGGUAUUGAGCCAUAAUGCUUUCACUGAUGACUUUCCAUUUGUGCUGUGGUCAAUGCCCCAAUUGAGGUAUCUCGAUGCCUCGAGAAAUAACUUUACUGGUACACUGCCCAAUCGUAGUUUGAAUGCUAAUGCCAGUGUUGCGGUAUUUAACAUUUCGCAGAAUUUCUUUUAUGGAAAUCUUACAUCUGUAAUAAGGAGAUUCAGUUUUAUUGACGUUUCGGGUAAUUAUCUCCAAGGUAGGGUUCCAGGUUAUGCGCUUGGAAACACAUCUUUAAGUAGGAACUGCUUACGGAAUGUGGCAAGUCAAAGGAGUGUCAGUGAAUGCACAUCAUUUUAUACUGAGAGGGGAUUGGUGUUUGAUAAUUUUGGACUGCCAAAUGGAACUCAGCCGCAUCCACCUAAAUCUGACAAAAAGAGCCACCGAACAGUAAUAAUUUUGGCUUCUGUUUUGGGGGCUGCUGGGCUGAUUGCACUUUUGGCUAUUGUGUUUAUACUGCUGAUUGUAUGCAAGCACACAAAUGGUGCAACAAACCAGAGAAGCAUUGGCAUGGGACCUGUUCCUGCAAAUGGAAGUUUACCUCCCAGAGCAGUGUGGGAUUUUUCUAGUUUGGGAGACACAUUUACCUAUAAGAAAAUUCUUGAUGCUACAGGUGAAUUCAGUGAUGUAAAUCUGAUCAAGAACGGUCAUUCUGGUGACUUCUUCCAUGGUAUCCUUGAAGACGCAAACCCCAUCGUCAUAAAAAAAAUUGAUUUGCAUUCAUCAGUUGAAAAGGAAGCCUAUAUGUCAGAAUUGGACCUGUUUAGCAAGGUUUCUCAUCAAAGAUUGGUACCUCUAUUGGGACACUGCUUGGAGAACGAGAACGAGAAGUUUCUCAUUUACAAAUACAUGCCAAAUGGAGAUUUAUCCAGUUCAUUAUUCAAGAAAACAAAUUCAGAUGAUGGCAGUUUACAGUCACUGGAUUGGAUAACGAGAUUGAAAAUUGCAAUUGGAGCUGCUGAAGGUUUAUCUUACCUACACCAUGAAUGUACCCCACCGUUUGUUCACAGGGACAUUCAAGCCAGCAGCAUACUACUUGAUGAUAAAUUUGAAGUACGGUUAGGAAGCUUGAGUGAAGUUUGUGUUCAAGAGGGGGACACUCAACAAAACAGGAUUACAAGGUUACUGCGGUUGCCACAGACAUCUGAGCAAGGUACUUCAGGUAUGACCAAUACAACGUGUGCCUAUGAUGUUUACUGCUUCGGAAAGGUUUUGCUUGAGCUCGUAACAGGCAAGUUGGGUAUCAGUUCAUCAACUGAUGCCACCACGAAGGAGUGGUUAGAAGCUACAUUGCCUUACAUCAGUAUAUAUGAUAAGGAACUCGUGACAAAGAUUGUCGACCCUUCAUUAAUUAUAGACGAGGAUCUGCUGGAGGAAGUAUGGGCCAUGGCAGUUGUUGCAAGAUCUUGCCUUAAUCCCAAACCCACAAGACGACCCCUAAUGAGAUAUAUUCUUAAAGCUUUGGAAAACCCUUUGAAGGUUGUAAGAGACGAGCAUGCAAGCUCAGCAAGGCUUAGAACUACUUCCUCAAGAGGGUCGUGGAAUGCUAACCUAUUUGGCAGCUGGCGUCAAAGCUCUUCAGAUGUGGCGGCCAUGCCCGCCAUACCUUCUCAAAAAGCAGAACUUGUUAACAGUUUCAAACAGUCGAGAACAACAGGUUCUCAAGAAAGCGGACAAAACGAUGAAGGAUAUGGUCAUUCUUUCUCAACCAAACAACAUUCCAACGAGAUCUUCCCGGAACCCUUGAAUGUGCAAGAUGUAGAGCGAGAAAACGAGGACUAA